CAGCCCUUUCGACGACCCGACUCCGACAUCAUAUUCUUGUUCCAAAGACCCUUUCCCACUCAUCCAUCAACCCCAGAUCACUCGCAUUGACUUUGACCGGUUGAGGAUGCUGAGAGUUCCAUCGCGCCAGAAGCCCACGGGGGCCCAGGCUGUGACCAAGGCCGUCAUUCUGGUCGGAGGUCCUUCGCGAGGAACUCGUUUCCGACCAUUGAGUCUCGAUGUCCCCAAGCCGCUCUUCGAUGUGGCCGGCCAUCCCAUCAUCUGGCACUGCCUGAAGGCCGUCUCCAAAGUCCCAGACAUCAAGGAGGUCAUCCUCAUUGGCUACUACGAAGAAAACGUCUUCCGUGACUUCAUCAAAGACUCCUCGAGAGAAUUCCCCCAAUUCAAGAUCCAGUACUUGCGCGAGUACCAGGCCCUUGGCACCGCCGGAGGUCUGUACCACUUCCGCGAUGCCAUCCUGAAGGGCAGACCCGACAGAUUCUUCGUGCUGAACUCGGAUGUCUGCUGUUCUUUCCCCCUCGAGGCCAUGUUGAAACUCUUCGAAGAGAAAGACGCUGAGGCGGUCAUUCUUGGCACUCGUAUCAGCAACGAUGCCGCGACCAACUUUGGUUGCAUUGUGUCCGACGCCCACACGAAACGAGUCCUUCACUACGUCGAAAAGCCAGAGAGCCACAUCUCCAAUUUGAUCAACUGUGGUGUGUACCUCUUCGCAACAGACGCCAUCUUCCCUUCCAUCAAGAGCGCCAUCAAACGCAAGACCGAGCGUCCACGAAUGAUCUCCUACCCUUCAUCCGAGAACCUCGACUCGUCCUUCAUGGCCGACCCGGAGGAAGACGGUGAAAGGAACGAGGUCAUGCGGCUGGAGCAGGACAUUCUCCCUGAUCUGGCCGACAGCAACCGCUUUUUCGUCCAUGAAACCAAGGAUUUCUGGCGUCAGAUCAAGACGGCUGGGUCUGCAGUCCCGGCCAACGCCCUAUAUCUCCAAAAAGCAUUCCAGUCGCAAUCGGAGGAGAUUGCCACGCCAUCCGCGAACAUCGUACCCCCAGUCUUCAUUCACCCUACUGCUCAAGUCGAUCCUACGGCGAAGUUAGGUCCAAACGUCUCCAUUGGGCCCAAGGCCAUCAUCGGCGCAGGAGCACGUGUCAAAGAGGCCAUCGUCCUCGACGAGGCAGAGAUUAAACACGAUGCCUGCGUGCUCUAUGCGAUCAUCGGCUGGAACAGUCGUGUCGGAGCCUGGGCUAGAGUGGAAGGCACUGCCACACCGGUGACCAACCACAGCACUACCAUCAUCAAGAACGGGGUGAAAGUCCAGAGCAUCACUAUCCUUGGCAAGGAGUGUGGUGUUGGAGAUGAAGUCCGGGUUCAAAACUGCAUCUGUCUGCCGUACAAGGAGUUGAAGCGUGACGUUGCCAACGAGGUCAUCAUGUAACCUGGUUUACGAUUGGGCAUUCGGGACAAAUAGAGGCCGGUGCAGACGCGGUUGUUUUUGUGGGCGAAGCAGGCCAUAGAGAAAAGGACCAGAUUGUGUUAUUAGGUUAUGCUCCCAGAGGUCCCAGGGACUUUAUGAUGGGUUUCGAACAAGAGAUACGUACCAGUGCUGGGGCACCAGAUUCUCUUCCCAUGAUUGGUUCUCGUCUCCCCCAUCACGCAAUCCGUCUCGCGGAUGAGAUGAAUAAUAAUAAGGCGUCCAGAACUACUACCAAAUCAGAGGAUGCAAGAUCACAUAUCAUAUAUUAAAGACGCUUGGCCUCUGCCCUCCC